GGGAAUAUAAAUAUGAAUGACUCUGGCUUCAAACAAAAUGAGUUUUUGGAUAAAUGGCUACUUGGCUCGAAAGACAAUCUCACUGAGGUGGAUGACAACCUGAGUGAAGUUAAAAGUUUACGAGAGGACAUCCAGACUCCUAGUAACAACGAAAACACCUUAGUUUGUCGGUUCCAUAGUAGUCUUGUUCCUAGAGCUGAUACUAACCAGACCGAAUUUUCGAGGAAAUAAGUAUAUUGAGAUUGACAUGAGUGCUCUUGAUUUAUCAAAACCUUCCCUUCAUAACCUUAAAGCAGAACAAAAGAAUAUGAAUAAAGAUCUUGAAUCUAAUUCUAAUGUUUCAACACCUUCUCCAGAAAGAUGAGAUAUUUUUGAAGAUGAUGAGAAAGGUCAGACAUCUAGAAAGUUCCAGAUGCCAAGAUGCCACAAUAUUGAAGUUGAGGCUCCACCAAAAGUAUUCAGGAAGGCACUGCAGAACAGAGUCUUCACUAAGCAAAGGAUUCCUAAGCCAAAGAUUAACCAAGACUGAAGUCCAGCCCAGAAGAAUGUUGUAGUUGCUAGAAAAAUUUGUGAAAAGCUUAACAAAGCAAUUCGGGACAGAAAGGGAGAUUCUAACAUAAAAAAUCUCCUUAGUUCUAUAGAAUCAUAUAAAAACUCUUACAUGAGCAAUGUGGUUGAUCGGGCUAUGGCAGCUAUCAAGAGAGAGUCAUCAGCUAAACUACCAUCUCAAGUUGGCAAGCAGGUACAGUCUAGAAAUCUUUUGAGAUCAAAGAAUCCUUCUGUUGAUUUCAUGCAAAAGCAGAAUUUAUCAAUUUCGCCCAUGAAGAGAUCUGAUAGAAAUAGACUUCUUUCGUCACUUCAAAUAUUUGAAAAUGCCAACCCUCCAAGUGUACUACAGCCGAGUAAAACUCUGGGUGAAGACUAUGCUAUUGAAAGGCUCCAAAAAGUUUCUAAGAGCCCUUACAAAGUGUAUAAAAGUGCCUAUUCUGCAUAUAUUAAGGGGAAAAAGAACGUUCACAAAAGAGUUUUAUCUCAUAGUAAUUCUACCAAGAAUGUAGCUCCAAAGGAGGAACUAUGUAUCGGUAAGAAGCAGGAAGCUCCAGUCAAGAAAUAAAGAGAAAGUAUUGUUAAAAAGAAAGCGCUUUAGUCAAAAUCGGAUCAGAUUGCCAUUAAAAAGCGAAAUGCGGAUCCAGAUUACAAAGAAUUCCCCUGUUAACGUGUAUGAGAACAGGAGCAAUAUUAAUAAAAGCAGAGUGUCCAAUUCUGAUAGCUUAACGACUAUUGAUAAUAAGUUUACCAACCAAGAGAUUACAGAAACUCUAAGACAGAGAAAGAGCUCCUUAGGAAAGGCUAGCUCUGUACUCACUAGAAGGGCUUAUUGUGUUAGUAACCUUCCUUUUAUUCAGAAUACCUCUAUUGGGAAACCUGAUGAAAGUGUUGAUAAACCUCAAGAUGCCUCAGGCAAGUUGAAGAAUAAUUUUAUGCCCUUGAGACCCAAGAAAGCAUACUUGCAUAAUAAAUCAGCAGCUGGACAAAUGAGUCAAAGAGUUAUAGCCACAGGGACUUAUUUUAAGAGGGAAACCAAGUGAAGUCCUUCUCAUUAUCGAAUUGCCUUUGACUCAGAUGCUGGAAAGAAGAAGCUAAAUUCUGAUCUGAACCAAAUCCGAAAAACUGAAUUUCACAACAUGGAGUUUAAAAACAUUGCUGUUACUAAGAAAUCUAAAGAGGCCAUCUCGAUCACAAGCAAGUUGUUCAGCACUGUAUUUAAUAAGUCACGAAAGCACACUGUGAAAAAUCUACGUAAGAAGAAAUAUGUUGAAUUAUAA